UGUCUUUGACUUCUAAUUACGUGUGUUUGGGUAUGUGCACUUGGGAUCACGAGCCCGCAGAGGCCCUGGCACCAGAGUUGCAGGUUUUGGAAGAACUAGACGCUCUUCACACAAGACAUCGGGUGGACACGCAGCGGCGGCGGCGGCGGCGGUCUCCCUCCACACCUGCAGGGGGCAAUCGACUAACAGAACCGCCGCUGGACUCCCGGGCCCUCGGCUUCGCCCAGGGAACGUCACCACGGCCGGCCGCUUCUCCACCGCGCUAAUGCGCAGGCGCCAAGAGCACCGCGCACCGCCAAGCCGAGGGUGGGGUCACGAACUCUGACCCCCACCCCCAAAUACACAAACCCAGAAAGCUCUCCUGUCCCCUUGGCCUCGGGUCCCCUCGCCUCUGCUCUCUCCAGCCCAGCGGCCGCCACGGCGGGAGGGUACUCAGGAGGCUAAAGCAGCAAAGGUCACCUGGAGUUCUUGGCGAGACUGGCUUGGAAACCAUGUAUCCAAACCCCAGAAGACGUAUGGAAGAUAAAGGAAAGAUAUUUUGACAAUUAGAUCAUGGCGACCAUAGAAGAAAUUGCACAUCAGAUUAUUGACCAACAGAUGGGUGAGAUUGUUACAGAGCAGCAGACUGGACAGAAAAUCCAGAUCGUGACAGCACUUGACCACAGCACACAGGGCAAGCAGUUCAUUCUAGCAAACCAUGAGGGAUCCACCCCAGGGAAAGUCUUCCUCACGACACCAGAUGCUGCAGGUGUCAACCAGUUGUUUUUUGCCAGUCCUGAUCUGUCCACACCACACCUCCAGCUCUUAACAGAAAAUUCUCCUGACCAGGGACCAAAUAAGGUCUUUGACCUUUGCGUUGUGUGUGGAGACAAAGCAUCAGGCCGCCAUUACGGAGCAAUAACUUGUGAGGGCUGCAAAGGGUUUUUUAAAAGAAGCAUCCGGAAGAAUCUAGUGUACUCGUGCCGGGGGUCCAAAGACUGCAUCAUUAACAAGCACCACCGGAACCGCUGCCAAUACUGCCGGCUGCAGCGGUGCAUAGCCUUCGGGAUGAAGCAAGACUCCGUUCAGUGUGAAAGAAAGCCCAUUGAAGUGUCCCGAGAAAAGUCUUCCAACUGUGCAGCUUCUACAGAGAAAAUCUACAUCCGCAAAGACCUCCGAAGCCCUCUGGCUGCAACGCCAACCUUUGUAACGGACAGCGAGACUGCCAGGUCAACUGGACUGUUGGAUUCGGGGAUGUUUGUGAAUAUUCAUCCAUCUGGAAUAAAGACAGAACCAGCUCUGCUAAUGACACCAGAUAAGGCUGAGUCCUGUCAGGGAGACUUGGGCACAUUGGCCAGUGUGGUCACGUCAUUAGCGAAUCUCGGCAAGGCUAAAGACCUUUCUCACUGUGGUGGCGAUCUGCCUGUGGUGCAGAGCUUGCGCAAUGGAGAUACAUCCUUUGGUGCAUUUCAUCAGGAUAUCCAGACCAAUGGUGAUGUGUCAAGGGCAUUUGACAAUCUUGCAAAAGCAUUGACUCCCGGAGAAAACCCAGCCUGCCAGAGCCCAGGAGAGAGCAUGGAAGGAAGCACACAUCUAAUCGCUGGAGAGCCAAGCUGCAUGGAGAGAGAGGGGCCACUGCUCAGCGAUUCGCAUGUCGUUUUCAGGCUCACCAUGCCUUCUCCUAUGCCCGAGUACCUGAAUGUGCACUACAUUGGGGAGUCGGCCUCCAGACUGCUGUUCUUAUCGAUGCACUGGGCGCUUUCCAUACCUUCUUUCCAGGCGCUCGGGCAAGAAAACAGCAUAUCACUGGUAAAAGCCUAUUGGAAUGAACUCUUUACCCUCGGUCUCGCCCAGUGCUGGCAAGUGAUGAACGUCGCAACUAUAUUAGCAACGUUUGUCAACUGUCUUCACAAUAGCCUUCAGCAAGAUAAAAUGUCCCCGGAGAGGAGGAAGUUGUUGAUGGAGCACAUCUUCAAGCUGCAGGAGUUCUGUAAUAGCAUGGUGAAGCUCUGCAUAGACGGGCAUGAGUACGCCUACCUCAAGGCCAUCGUUCUCUUCAGUCCCGACCAUCCAGGCCUGGAGAACAUGGAGCUGAUUGAGAAAUUUCAGGAAAAGGCUUAUGUGGAAUUCCAAGAUUACAUCACCAGGACAUAUCCAGAUGACACCUACAGGCUGUCUAGAUUACUUCUCAGACUGCCGGCCUUGCGGCUGAUGAAUGCCACCAUCACUGAGGAAUUGUUCUUCAAAGGUCUCAUUGGCAACGUACGGAUCGACAGUGUCAUCCCACACAUUUUAAAAAUGGAGCCUGCAGAUUACAACUCUCAAAUAAUUGGUCACAGCCUUUGAAAGUGGAGGUCACCCUGCUCCAGGCUAAGUUUACCGUUCCUUCUCGGAACACAUGAAACCAAAUCGAACUGUUUCUUCCAGGGCAUCUGCGAAUAUUAACUUUAAGAGUAACCAAAAUCAAAAGUAUUUUUCUUUUGGAUUCCUUAAGAAGAAUUUAAGUGACCAGGCAGGGGUCAGGAAUUAUACUACCCUGUCUGUCCUAUAGGAAUGAAUCAACAAUGGUACGGGGCUGUUCUUGGGGAGGAUGACACUUAAGACUCUCUCCUCCUGACUGUCUACACUAAGCUUUCUCAUUCUAUUUUAUAAAACAAAUAAACUAGUCUUUCCCCCCUGAAUUGUGUUUUUUUCCUGUUUAAUGCCACUGGGCCUGUAUACUGUAACAAUGAGAUACCUAAGCAGAAACUUCUUACGUCUGACUCAUCCAUGGUUAUCUUAGUUACCAGGCCAAAAGGUUAUUUUAUGCUCAAUGAUGUAAUGAUAAUGCCAGAGCUAUAGGAAAUAAAUAUAUAUAUGCUUUUAUACACAUCAAGGUGCCCGUUAGCAUAUAACACUCGUUGCUGGCAAUGAGACAUGAGCCAUUUGUAUUUUUUUUAGUGUAGUAGAUUAUUAGUUACAAGCACUUUUAUUCGUUGUGGUAGAAAAUUACUCUUGAGAAUAGGAUGAGGAUCCUGUUUUAAAAUUUGGGAUUUACUGUGUUUUAAACAUAGUAGAGACGCCCCCGGGCUGUGUUAGUAUUUUAGAAUAGAUAGUAAAAUAGUUGUUUUUUUUCAUCCCACAGAAAGCCUCUGUCCUCUUCUCAGAUGCAGGCUCAGCUUCUCCACCCUACUCUGGCCUUUAGCCAUUUUUAUGAGGUCUUUUAAAAAGACUCACCCAGUUUGUUAAGUAAUGCAGUUAUCAAAGCCCAUAUGGUUCCAAGGUUGAGUUAAAUAAUUAAAGCAAGUAAUAAUUUGUAAAAGCAAAAGAAUCUGCACCGGUUCUUUUCACUGCAAAGUCGAGGAGGGCUGCUGUCACAACCUCACGUCUCAUUAUUUGCUACAACCAAAGCAUUUCAGACUCCUCGGUCUUCCAUGCCGCUGUGACAAUCAGUAUUUAUACUGAUUUUAUAAUGGAUUCCUUCAGUGCAUCUAUUCAUCUAUUGGCUGAUAUUCUCCUCCCCUCCCUCUCCCCCUCCCUCCUUUCCACAUCUCCAUUUUGUUUUCUUGAGACAGGAUCUUGUCACCCAGCCAGACUGAACUCAAGUUUGCGGUAACCUUCCUGCCUCCAGCUCCCUAUUGCUGGGAUUAUAGACACGCAUCACAUCCUAAUAUUUAUUUUUAAAACACAAAUGUAGAGAUUUUACUGCAACCAGAAUACAUUUUUAUUAUUAAUAGUUUUGCUGAAUUUUUCUAUUGGGGGUGGUGGAUUUUACCACUAAUAGUAGUAAUUAAAAGUGUAGUCUUGCAAAUGUUAUGGACUUACUACGAGAGCUUUAUUUUCUGUUUCAUUUUGUCAACAGCUCGAUUUAUAAUAAGCUUCUGGGGGAGAACUUCAUAGAGUGUAAAAUGCUCAAACGGAAUAUUUCAGUAGGGCAUGUGUAACCUGCAUCCUAACACAUCUGUAGAUGACGACGUCUUAUCAGUGUCAAAACGGUGGGCGCCUUUGAUACUUUUAACGUCUCAAGACAGUAAGCCAAGGAUUCACACACAUAAAAAACUGUCCUCGCGGUUAUUUCUUUGAGAUAUUUUUCCUGAUGAAAUUUGUAGUUACAUUGGGAAGUCUUUUGGAAACUGCAUUAAAAUGUGACUUGCCUUACAAA